AUGCCUGAGCAAACAGCCAUCUAUGACGUCUCGCUUGCUCCUAAUGACGCACUGCGGCAUGCGUUCAAUCUUGGGAAGCAAGCUAAACUGCGUCUCAUAAAAGUCGUCGUAAGGAGCGAAGAGCUCACACCAAAUUACGAGUACGCUGGUACGGGUAACUGGAGAGAUGAUUGGCGAGCUACACUGCCUGAAUGUGUCGAUGCUUUUGAACCGUGCUUUAUUCUAUUCAGGCUCAAUACUAUUACCGAAUGGAUUUUGAUAACAUUUGCCGAUGAUCGUGCACCUAUCAAAGAGAAGAUGUUAUUAGCUGCUACUCGUGCGACAUUCAAAAGUGAAUUUGGACCUUGUUAUGUUGAACAUGAGAAACAUGUAACGGAUCGGAAGGUUCGUUCAACAUUUUCAAAUAAUCGUAGUUUAACUAGUAACUGA